AGCAGGCCAUUAGGUGAUGAAUCAGAAAUUCGAGACUCUGUCUCUUCUUUGAAUCAUAACUCUUCGAGCUUACACACUUCAGUUAAAACUCCAAAUCAACAGAUAAAAAAGAAGCGACCAAAACCCAAAUCUAUUCGAGUUUUCGAUUUAUUCACUAUUAGUGAUACCCAAGUUAAAGAAGUAUUAAAUGAGGAAGAGAAAUGA